ACUAUUGCCCAGCGUCGUGAAUUGACAGAUUUUUGCUGAAGUUGCUGAGCUUAAUUUUGUCAUUGCAUCCUUGCAGAAGCCGAACAAUUUUUGUUUCGUUACAACUGUUACCCGUUAUAUAAAUUUAUUUCACUUUUUAAUACUGUUAUAUUGAAAAACAGGCCGCAAAAUGAGCUUCGGUCUGCCACCGUUGAAAGUGAAGCCCGAGGUCGGCAGUGACAUCAAAGUCCAGGAGGGCCCAUUCGGAGUCCCUGAUCCGUUCACUGCAGGGCUGGGAGCGACCAAGGCAAAUGUCGGCAUCGCACAUCCUUUGGAAGUGUCUGAACGAAAUUACCGCUUGAAUGAAGAAAAAAUGAAUAUGGCAAUGCUCCGAAACAUCCAGGGUCUCCAUGCACCAAUGAGACUCAAUAUGGAAUUGAACUUUGUAAAUAAGGUGGGCCGCCUACCCUUCCUGCCCAGCUCUAACCUUCAGCGCGACGUCUUAACCGGCCGAGACAUUGAAAUAGGCUUCGAAGACAUCCUCAACACUCCAGAUCUGUGCGAAGUUGCCGGCCAACCCCACGCUGUGGUUGAAAGGUCACUUGGGCUUCUGUGAGAUAUUUCUGGAUGUUAACUUGUAUCUAAGCAAACUAAUGAACUAAAAGGUGUCUGCAUUGGGACUAGUAUUCAAGCUGUCAGGAGCUUUUCACUUUUGGGUGUAAUUUGGUUUCCCCCCAUAGCUGAUACCCACUUCCAGGUCAAAGCCAUAUUAUUAGGCCUUGACCUGGAAAAUGCCCGGCAAUGCUUUGGUUGCCUACUAGUUCAAUUAUUUCUAUUUACGUAAUAAAAGUAUGUAUUUUAAA